GUUGUGCCGGAAGAAGGUGCGUUCUUGGAGCAGGUGGUACCGAGAGAAGCGGGACCGGCAAAGAUGAUUCAGGCGAUUCUGGUUUUCAACAACCAUGGAAAACCGCGGCUGGUCCGCUUCUACCAGCGUUUUCCAGAAGAAAUUCAACAGCAGAUUGUUCGAGAGACUUUCCAUCUGGUCCUCAAGCGAGAUGACAACAUCUGUAACUUCUUAGAAGGUGGAAGUUUGAUUGGUGGCUCUGACUACAAACUGAUUUACCGGCACUAUGCCACCCUCUACUUUGUGUUUUGUGUGGAUUCAUCAGAGAGUGAACUUGGGAUCUUGGACCUCAUCCAGGUUUUUGUGGAGACACUGGAUAAGUGUUUUGAGAAUGUAUGUGAGUUGGACUUGAUCUUCCAUAUGGAUAAGGUGCACUACAUCCUGCAGGAGGUGGUGAUGGGUGGAAUGGUGUUGGAGACAAACAUGAAUGAAAUUGUGGCUCAAAUCGAAGCUCAAAACCGACUGGAGAAGUCGGAGGGCGGCCUCUCUGCAGCUCCAGCAAGGGCCGUGUCCGCUGUGAAGAACAUCAACCUCCCUGAGAUCCCCAGGAACAUCAACAUCGGUGACCUCAACAUCAAAGUCCCCAACCUGUCCCAGUUUGUGUGAAGGUGGGGGACUGGGCUGAACUGGAGUUCGCAGGAUGAGCAAAGCAGUCAAGUCCAGAAGCAGAACCCCGUUGAGCCUUUAGAGUCGCACCUUGGGGCCCUGCACCUUUCCCAGAGUGGGAAUGGAGUUGGGUGCACACUUCCUGGCCAUCCUGCUGCUCCUGACUCACGGCUGUGAUAGACAUCAGGGCACUAAGCCACUGCUCCUUCGCCUCCCCCACACAGCUGCCCUCAGGGCCAGGGACUGUGAACGCGCCACCUGCUUCCCAGGGCCCCACCACUGGGACUGAACACAUCUGACUUCCUCUCUAGCACCAAGGGCUUCUGAGAUCCUGUAUCACUUACUGGGGGAAAGACCAGGGGGAAAGACUAGCCUUUGAGCUGUCAGGCAUGGUAAGUGGCAGGUGAGGGCAGGGUGUACACCACCUCUGCUAGGGCCUCUAUACCCUCUGAAUGGUCAAGCAUUGUGGUCCGCAGUUGCUGCAGAGCAGUUUCCUAGUAUAUACCUAGUCUUGUUGUCAGAGGCAUCUGUGCGCUGGAUGGUUUAAGUCACACUCUGUGUGCGUGCCACUACCACCCCCCCCCCCCACACACACACACACAGAGUUGGUGCGACCCCCAGAACCCUCUCGCAGAGGAGACCAAUGUCUGUAGACUGUGGCGACUGGAUCCCUCCUAGGUUAUGACUUUUCCCAAGUUUAAAAUACACUGUUCUCUUGGAAGCAGAAGGUUCAGUGCUGUGCUGUGAAUGAAGAAGUCCCCACAUACACACACUUGCUCAGAAUCCACUAACCAGUCUCAGAUUCUAGAGCUGGGAGCCUGGGCUGGGUGCUAUAUGGGCUGAGCCUGCAGCAUGCUAGCUGUAGUGCUGUGUGCUUCCCAGCUUGAGUCCUGCAGUGAACACACUGGGCUCCCUUGGUUGACAUUCUACAGCUCUGGAACCCUGCAAAGUUGCAUGUGCUGGUGUGGAGGCUGAUGCACCGCCAUGGGGAACCGCCCCACGCAGGCCCCUCUCCCUCCCUCCCGAUAGGAUAGUGUAUUUCCAUGGCUUGUGAUGCUGAUGUCCUAGGAGACCGUGUGUCUUACCCAGUGUGUCUCAGUCCCCAGCAGGGCUUCCUGCACUCUGCCGGUGCUGAUGCAGCAUCCUGUCCUCACCUUUCAGUCCUCUGUCAGAGCUGCAGUGAUGGUGGGCACUUGGCUAGAGGACAGACCUGAGAUCAAUCCUACUGCAUUCUCUGGAAGCAUCUCAUUGCUAUUUUAUGUUAUUUUAUUGCCAUUUGUGUACAUUCAUCUCCUUUUACAGUGGCUGGAAUCAAGCAUUUGCUCUAGGGGGACAUGAAGAGUCCUUUAAUAGUCCUUACUAGAGACAUUUUUUUAAGCUUUAUUUUAUUUCUGGGGUGUGUCUGUCUGUCUGUCUGUCUGAUGGUAUGCUCUGAGGCCAGAGGAGAGUAUACAUGCCCUCUGAGGCUAGAGAAGGGUAUGGAAUUCCUUGGACCUCAAAUUAACAGGAGGUUGAGAAGCCCCCUAAAAUUGUGGUGCUGGGAAGCAGACUCAGGUCCUCUGCAAGAGCAGCAGUGCUCUGAACUGGAGCCACCUCUCUGGCCCCACCCAUGGACAUUUUACUGCCUGGUUAAGCAGACUUUUGUCACCCAGGGCUAAGGUUGGAAACGUGCCUGCCUGGCUCCAAAGCUCUUUUUUUUUCUCCUUACUAUUCAAGAUAGUCUCUCCCAGUUUUACAACCCUCUCUUUUAUAGAUGACAGACAGGGAAACUGAGACUUCAGGGGAUUGAGCAAUCUCACAAACUAAUAAAGACAGGCUUAGUUCUCUAAGGUAGGCAGAGGAGAGUGGAGGAUCCUGUGUCCCUUCAGUUAAUUGCCUGAGAUGGAGCCGCCCAGAGUGCUGUCAGGCUGAGGGUCAAAAGGGCCACAGUGCUGCUCUAAAGUAUGCUUGCUGUUGGCCUAAGGCACCAUUGAGUUGGAAGCACUUGGCUUCCCAGGUAGUUUAGAUUUCAGGUGUUUGCUUGCUAGAAACUACUUGGUUCCCCAAAACUGUGUCCUGGUACUGUAGACUGCAAAAGCAAGCAUCACACAACGGCUUGCACCAUGUCCCCUGACAGUCUGCUGGUUCAGGCUUGGAAAACUCAAUUCCUCUAGUCAAGCCAGAGGGAUUAAUUCAUUGCUAAUGACUUGCAUCUACUUUGUCUGCUAUUAAGAAAGCCAUUGUCUGAGAUUCUCAUUCUCUCUCUCUCUCUCUCUCUCUCUCUCUCUCUCCCCCCUCCCUCCUUCCUUCCCUCCUUUCCUUCCUCUUUCCCUCUCCCCCCUUUGUGCUUUGAGACAAGAUCUCACUUUGUAACCUAAAUUCUCAAUCCUCCUGCAUCACCUCCAAAAUGCUGAGAUUACAAGUGCCCUGUGCACUUUGCUGUGACAUAGAGGAAGUCCUUGGUCCUUCUGGAGAGGGGUGUUCCUUUUGCUCUUGAGACAUCAGUGACGCAACCAGAGGCCAGGGUUGUGUUUGCCUUGGGGUCCUGGACCUGGGUGGUUACACAGGGGCUUCCCUGGGUGUUCUCACUGACUCUAGUUAACAGCUGGAACCCCCCACUCCCUGUCUUCUGUGUAACUACUCUUGGGUCUAAACUAAGAGAGAGGCUGUCUUUGCUCCACUGUCUUUGACCAUCCCUGACAGUGCUCUGUAGUGACAAUUCUGGAACUUUGAUUUUUUUUUUUUAAAAGAAAGAAAUAAGAAUACAUUUUUGGUUUACUCCCAGGCGUGGGGUUUUGGGUCUACUUCACAGCAGCUGACCAUGACUUACCUUAUGCUCUAGCAGAUGGUUUCUGCGAUUGUGUGACGUUUGGAACUUUUUAGAGGGUAUAUACUGCUAGGGCCCAGAUAGGUGGGAUCAGUGGUUGUUGGUUGUUGGGGGUUGGGGGGGUGGUUGGUUAUAGUUUUUAGUAGUUUGUGUUCAAAGAAGAAACAGAAAGAAAUUUGAUUCUGAGAUCUCUAUUUCUCUCUCUCCCACCUCUAUCCUCUCUCUUCUAUCUAAUGAUAGGGGGUGAAAAUGAGGGGCUAAAGGGUAGGGAAAAGAAGGACCCACAAAAGUAGCAAAGACCAGCUAUAAGCGAAAAGAAACAAGAAGGAAUUAGAUUCAGAGAUCUCUAUCUUUCUCCCCUCUCUCUGUUCUCUCCUAUCUAGUGAUAGAGGUAAAACUUGGGGGGGGGGGGUCGUGUAAAGGGUGGGAAAAGAACUCACAAUAUAGCAAGGCCCAGCUACAGUGCUUACGUGGUUGGAACAUGGGCACUGACUGGCAGCCUGGCACCAUGGAGGCCAGACUCUGACUGCAGUGUGGAAGAUUUAAAGGACAGUCCCCACCCCUGACUUGCCAGUGUCAUGCCUACUGCAUACAGUGCUGGACAAAUUACCUUUCCCAAGCCUGACCAUGGCACCAUACAUGCUACACUGAGGGUAGCGAGUCUCCUAGCCCUGAUGUUUCGUCCUCUGCCAGAUGCAGAGCCAGCCCUCUCUCCCUCCCUCCCUCACCACUGCAGAGCCAGUUUAGCAAUUCUUUCUGUGACCUCAGCUUCAGAAAAGAAAUUAGGAGCAAUGCCUCUGCCUAGGUCCCAGACACGAUCCCUGGCCUGGCCUGGCCUGUAAAGGCUUUCCUCAGCAUGGCCACAUCAGCCAUGGGUACCUGGAAAUGAAGCUCCAGAGCAGGUCCCUGCCCUCCUUCACAGUGACCAAGAGGAGUACUGAGCCCCACCUGCUCUGCACACAUCCUGGAUGCCCACUCUUCCAAGUGUGCUGACCACCCAGAGUGAGCCAGCUCUUUGUGGGGGCUGCCAGGCUAGGCCCAAACCUCAAGGUCACAGUAAGCCUUGACCUUUUGGGAAGCUGUGGGGUGUUCUUCACCUGCAUGUUCUGGCAGAUGGGGCUGUUGAAAUACCUCAAUGCAAGUGAUUAACCCUUUCCAGAGCUCUUUCUUAUUUCAACUCUUCCUUUCCAAAUAAGAACUUAAUUUAUGUAGUUCGGGUUUUGAGGGGUUUGUUUUGUUUAGUUAUUCUGUUUUGUUUUGAUUUUCAAGACAAGAUAUCUCUGUAGCCCUGGCUGUCCUAGAACUUGCUCCAUAGACCAGGCUGGCCUUGAACUCAUAGAUCUGCCUGCCUCUGGGAUUAAAGGCAUGCAACACCAACAUCUGGCUAUAGGUCAGUAUUUUUACAUGGAGGUGGAGAAGUACCCUCAGAGACCAGACGAAGGCCUUGGAUCUCUUGGAGCUGGAGUUGAAUGGGGGUACUCUGAACUGCUGAGCCGUCUCUCCAGCCCCAUGCACUUUACAUGUUAAGAAAACAAAAAACCAGUUUAGCAGAGGAUAGCCUAUUCCCAGCCACUGAGCACUGCCCUCCUGGCAGCAAGUGUUUGCAGUUUGAAGAAGAAACAAGCGUCCUUUAUCUUCACUUUCAAAACUAAGGUCAUAGCUUCAGUUGCCCUCAGCUCAGUACAGUCUUACUGUCCUCCAGAAAUGCAGAGUCCACCCUACACAUACACCUGUGAGCACUCACACCAAGAAGUCCAUCCUUACAGUCCCACGGUACCUCUGCGUUCUAGGACUGUAGGACUGUGACAUGGGAGUAGGGAGGCCCAUGGGUGCAGGUGGAGGACAGCAAGGAUUGUACCGAGAAAAGGAUGAGAUGAUGGGCAUGUUCGCUUGCUUGGGGAUAAACGCCUGCUGGUGAGUGAGUGGACAGGAGAGCGUGGGUCCAGCUCUGUCACGUAUGGAGUUGGAGUAAGUGACAUGGCCAAGGGAUGAGAGUAAAGGACAGCCUGGGCAAGGGCUGAGGAGUGUGCACAUUGGAGCAACCUGACGUCCGGGGAGAGCAGAACAGGAAACACACUGGUCAGACAGGAAGGGACCCCAGAGCCACAGCUCUAAUCCUGCCUGGAAGCUGUAUAUGAGGGUAUGAGCAGAGCUGGAGAGACACUGCUCGCUCACCUCAUGGACGGGUCAUCUGCUCCUCCUCCUGUCCCACAUCCCCAGCUUCACCAUGAAUCCUUUAACAAGCCCUGAACUUAACCUAAGCCAUUCACGGCGUCUCUUUUCUAGGACCUGUUCCUGCUCUACAGCUUGGCCUCCUAAACUAUCAGAAACUAUAAUAAAACUUCUAAAAACC